AUGCCGUUAUUUAAAUGUGAAGACGUAACAUGUAAGAGUUCACCUUUAACAGAUUCUUGUAUGAUAAAACGUGAACAAUUAUUAUUCGAAACCAUGGAUAAUAUCAAAGACGAAUCAAUAUAUUAUCAAUGUUGGUAUGCAUUCUUAUGCGUUUUUAGUUAUUCAAAAGAUCCUUUUGAUACAAGAUGUAAUGAUUUUUGUAAGUAUCAUAUAUGUCUUUUAAUGAUCAAACAGGAUUGCCCAAAUAUGUUAUUCAUACCAACUAUUCCAGUUUUAUUUGGUGAUAUUUAUUUUGCUUAUGAAAAAUAUAGUCCAACAAUGUUGGACUAUCGAAAGUUUCUGUUUCCUUAUAUAUGUUAUAGUAAUUCUCGUUAUAAUAAUUUAAUUUAUCAUCGUGGUAUUCAUCCAGAAUUAUUUCAACAACCCGAUGUAUUUCCAUCACCACAAUUUUAUUUACAACACUUACAUUCAAAACUUUGGCAAUACCAUGAAAUUUAUAAUUAUAAUUCUAUAAUUUGUAAUAGAUCGAAUAUGUAUCAAUGUUCGAAUUCAUUAAAAUGUAUUUCUAUACAUCGUCGUAUGAAUGCAAAUGAUGGUAGAGUUGAUUGUAUUGGAGCUACCGAUGAACCAACAUUAUGUCGCAAAGAAUAUCAAAUAAUGAAUCUGGAUAACUUUUAUUGCAAAAAGCAAAACUCAAAAGUAUGUAUCGGAACUUGGGAUCUAUGUAACAGUUUGAAUGCUUGUGAUGAUAGAGAUUAUAAAAAUUUUUGUACAACAUAUAAAAAUCAAACUUCUUCUUUUUGUGAUCCGUCGGAACGUCUAAAUGUUUCGAAUAUCGAAAAUUAUUUAUGCAAUCAAGUAGGAAUAUAUGGAAAAGAACGAAUUAUAAACUUUACUCUUAAUGGAAUGAAGGAAUCACUAAAAGAUCAAACAAAACAACAUAUAAAAAACGAAGUACGUUUAAGUCCACCUAUAACUGUAACAUCUAUUCAACAACAACUUCAUUGUCAUCGUGGUAUUGAUGUACGUAUAUGGUUAAAUGAUAAAACUAAUCGAACAAGAAAAAUAUGUUUUUGUCCACCAAGUUAUUAUGGUGAUCAAUGUCAAUAUCAAAAUCAACCAGUAAGCCUAUCAAUUAAAUUUACAACGUCACCUAAUUCAUGGCAAAUACCAUUUGCAAUUGUUAUUUUAUUAAUUGAUGAUGAUAAUAAUAAACAAAUAAUUCAUUCAUAUGAACAAAUUACUUAUUUAUCAACACGAGAUUGUAAAGUUAAAUAUAAUAUUUAUUUACUUUAUUCAAAUCGACCAAAAAAUCAAACAAAAAAUUAUGGAAUACAAUUUAAUAUUUAUGAGAAAAUUUCAUUAAAAUAUCGUGGAAGUUUAUUUUUUCCAAUUAAAUUUUCAUUUUUACCUGUUUAUCGUUUAGCAUUAAUCGCUAAUAUUCCAAAUGAUAAUAUUCAUUUUGAAAGUUGUUCAAAUAAUCGAUGUAUCAAUGGUAAAUGUAUUAAAUAUUUCAAUGAUAAACAAAAAAGAUUGUGUCAUUGUAAUACUGGAUGGUCUGGUCGUUAUUGUACAAUUCAACAUUCUUCAAUAUGUUCAUCUGAUUCAUUAGAUAUUGGUAUUUCUUCUUCUACUGAUCAAUCAAUAUGCAUUUGUCCUAUUUAUAAAUUUGGUCCUCGAUGUCUUCUUAACAAUAUGAUAUGUCAAAAUUUAACAUGUCAAAAUGGCGUUCUAUGUAUUCCGACGGAUGAAUAUAUGUUAUCGAAGAAACGAUUUAUAUGUAUUUGUCGAAAAGGUUAUUUUGGAGAACGAUAUGAAUUAGAAGAUAAUAAAAUAAUUUUAUCAUUUGAAAAAUCUAUUAUUGUACCACAAUCAAUAUUUAUUCAUUUUAUUGAAGUUAUGAAUCGUGAUAGACCAGUGCGAUCAACUACAUUUCAAACAAUUCCUGUUCAACAAGAUUUUAUUACAAUAUUUUGGUCAAGACCAUUUCAUAUUGGUUUUAUUGAACUUCUUGAAAAAAAUUAUUAUUUAACUUUUGUUAAAAAUAUUUAUAAUCGAUCAACAACAAUUAAUCAAAUGAUAAAACCAUCAGAUCGUUGUAAACAUAUCAAUGAAAUAUUUAAUGAUAGUAUUAUUAAAUUAGAUCUUAUUCGUCGAAUAAAAUAUUAUCAUUUACCAUGUCAAAUGUCUUCAUUAAAUCUUUCUUGUUUUUAUGAUAAUAUUCAUCUUUGUCUAUGUUAUGAUUAUUAUAAACAACGUCUUGCUAAUUGCUUUGAAUUUAAUCAUGAUAUGAUAUUUGAUUGUUCAGGUCAAAAUGAAUGUCAAAAUGGUGGCAAAUGUUUUCAAGAUUCUCCACAUUGUCCGACAAGAUCACUAUGCCUUUGUCCUUCAUGUUUUUUUGGAGCACAGUGCCAAUUUAGUACAAGUGGAUUUGGUUUAUCCCUCGAUGCUAUUUUAGGUUAUCAUAUUAUACCAAAUCUUAGUAUAAAAUAUCAACCAACUAUCGUAAUAAUAAGUUUAAUAUUAACUAUUAUAUUUAUUAUAGCUGAUUUUAUUAAUGGUAUUCUUGCUAUGAUAACAUUUAAAAAUAAAAUUGUACGUGAUGUUGGUAGUGGUCUAUAUUUAUUUAGUUUAUCAAUAACAACUUUAUUUACAAUAAUUUUAUUUGGAUUAAAAUGUUGGAUACCUAUUUUUUCACAAAUGACAAUCGUACCAAAUCGAAUAUUUUUAAAUAUUCAAUGUAUUACUCUUGAUUUUCUUCUACAAUCCUGUCUUAAUAUGGAUCAAUGGUUAAAUGCUUGUGUAGCUAGUGAACGAGCAUUUACAAUAAUAAAAGGUACUCGUUUUCAAAAGAAAAAAAGUAAACAAGCAGCUAAAAUAAUCAUUAUUAUUCUUAUUCUUUUUAUCAUAAGUACAUCGAUUUAUGAUCCUUUUUAUCGACAUUUAAUGGAUGAAAUAAAUGAUAAUGAAAGAAGAAUAUGGUGUACUAUUACUUACUCAUCUUAUUUAAGAAAAUUUAAUUCUAUAAUGCACAGUUUUCAUUUUAUUACUCCAUUUAUAAUAAAUUUAGUAUCAUCUAUUAUUCUGAUCACAAGAAAAUCUCAUCAACAAUCAAAUUUACAAACUGAUCGAACUUAUUAUCAACUUUUACGACAACAAUUACAUGAACAUAAAAAUUUAUUAAUUGUUCCAGUUGUAUUAGUUAUUCUUGCAUUACCACGUUUAAUAAUAUCUUAUGUAUCGAAAUGUAUGAAAUCAUCAAAUAAUUCAUGGAUAUAUCUUAUUGGAUAUUUUAUUUCAUUUAUUCCACCGAUGUUAAUUUUUUUUAUAUAUGUAUUACCAUCAACAUUUUACAGGCAAGAAUUUCAUAAGACUAUUGCUCGAUAUCGAAAUAAGAUACAAAGAAGUCGAAGAGUAUUUCAUCUAAGUAUAUGA